GGUACGGCCAUGCCACCCCCCAGCACGGAUGGAGGAAGGUUUUCUGCAUUGCCCUUACGCCCUGCUGAUCCCUCUCACCCUGGUCAUGUUCCAGAGCCUGGGCGGAGCGCAUCAACACCCUGGUGCGCUACCUGCUCACCGCCUGAAAAAAGUGCCUUGGCAUUGCGGCGCACCGAGGUCUCCAUGGUCAACAUGGUGGCCAUUGGCUUCAUCUCCUGCAUGAGCACGCUGUGCAUUGGAAACCACCCCUCCCUUUUCCUACUUCGAGGGAUGGAGCUUCUUCCACGCCUACUACUACUGCUUCAUCACGCUCACCACCAUCGGCUUCGGGGGGCUACGUGGCACUGCAGAAGGAUCACGCUCUGCAGACCAACCCAAAAUACGUGGCCUUCUGCUUCAUCUACAUUCUCACCGGCCUGACCGUGAUCGGAGCCUUCCUCAACCUGGUCGUGCUGCGCUUCAUGACCAUGAACGCGGGGGGACGAGAAGCGGGACGCCGAGCAGCGCGCCAUCCUUUUCCCCGGGAAAGGCCAGGUGGGGAGGCCACAAAACCCCCUGCGCAGCGCCCCCGACUUGCCCUCCUCCUCCUCAGCUGCCUCAGGGUGUGGUGGGGGAGGAGGGGGAGGAGGGGAGGCCCCGGUAACAGUGGUAUGGGGGGAGCGGGAGGGGGCUGCGUAACGUGUACGCGGAAGUGCUUUCCAAAUUCCAGUCCAUGUGCUCCUGCCUGUGGUAAAAAAAAGCAGGGAGAAGCUACAGUACUCCUCCCCAUGAUCAUCGCCCGGGGACUGUCCACCUCGGACACAUACAUGAGCAGGGGGAGGCCUUUUCCUCCGACCCCCUCCACCCCCUUCACUCAAAUGGCUGCGUCUGCAGCAUGCACCACCCCCAUCCACCAUCACUCUGUGUCCACGGGCCUACAAGUCUCACCCCCAUACAGACUAGGACACAGCAAGCGGCGCAGCUCCAUCUAGAGGCCUGGAGGAUGCAAUGCUUAUAAAACCAAGCCCCACCUCUUGUCUACCACAUGGAAGGACUCUAAUACUCUGGCACUAUUUUAGAAUAUCUAAAUCAGGGGUGCUCAACUAACAGUCCUCAUGGGAUCCCUAUCCUGUGGUGAUUUGAUUUCCCCUGACACUUAACCCUGAACUAUAUCCUUGCAAUAUUUUCAGCAUCCUUUCACAUUUUGCCGUAUUUAAGGUUGAAGUUGUUGAUCUUCGAUAUUGGGAGAUUGUUUGAAUGAUAAGAGGACGUUACACUGUGAGAGACAUAUUUAAUGCGAAACAGAGGAUUAUGAAUUUUAAGAAACUGUGCAUAAUGAUAAGCCCACCUGAUUUUAUGUUUGGUGAGUGAAGUUUUAUUUUUCACAAAUAAUAAAGAGAUAUGACGUGUUGCUCCCAGUAUCAUCAAUAAAAACUCCCAGUAGUCAUCAAUAAAAAUAAUGUAAAUAUAUUGAUAAUAUGGAUACCCUAUUUAAACCAAUGUACUUACUAGGGAAGAACCUAUUUUUUCGUUAAGUAUUCUAAAACUCAGUCGACUCUGUCUCGUGUCUGUAACUGAAGUUCAGUUUCCAAGCCGAAGACUUUUGAUCUGCUUUAGUUACUUACUUUAUCUACUCUCAACUUCAAGACCUAUCAUACUUUGUAAAAAGUAUUGUAAUUUUCUUUAUAAUGCUUUUUUUCAUCCAUAUAAUUGUUUAACUGUAUGUUUGUUAUUCAUUUGUUUUGUUUUCAUGAUAGGGUUUUACUCAGUGCAUGUGGGCUCACUGUGUAUACUGUAGUAGACAGUCUAAUCGUAUUUACUGCUGCACUUUAUAACAUUAUUGUAUGCUUUAGGGCACUGGAUACCAGUGCAUUAGAUAUAAUUGAAUAACUGAAUUGAUGCUUACUCACCUGAGUUUUUUGGACCUACAUAAUUUAUUCUUAUAGAUGUCAUGCUCUUACAGUGAGGGAAAAAAGUAUUUGAUCCCCUGCUGAUUUUGUACAUUUGCCCACUGACAAAGACAUGAUCAGACUAUAAUUUUAAUGGUAGGUUUAUUUGAACAGUGAGAGACAGAAUAACAACAAAAAAAUCCAUAAAAAUGCAUGUCAAAAUUGUAUAUAUGAUUUGCAUUUAAUGAGGGAAAUAAGUAUUUGACCCCUCUGCAAAACAUGACUUAGUACUUGGUGGCAAAACCUUGUUGGCAAUCACAGAGGUCAGACGUUUCUUGUAGUUGGCCACCAGGUUUGCACACAUCUCAGGAGGGAUUUUGUCCCACUCCUCUUUGCAGAUCUUCUCCAAGUCAUUAAGGUUUUGAGGCUGACGUUGGCAACUCAAACCUUAAGCUCCCUCCACAGAUUUUCUAUGGGAUUAAGGUCUGGAGACUGGCUAGGCCACUCCAGGACCUUAAUGUGCUUCUUCUUGAGCCACUCCUUUGUUGCCUUGGCGUGUGUUUUGGGUCAUUGUAAUGCUGGAAUACCCAUCCACGACCCAUUUUCAAUGCCCUGGCUGAGGGAAGGAGGUUCUCACCCAAGAGAUUUGACGGUACAUGGCCACGUCCAUCGUCCCUUUGAUGCGGUGAAGUUUGUCCUGUCCCCCUAGCAAAAAAAACACCCCCAAGCAUAAUGUUUCCACCUCCAUGUUUGACGGAGGGGAUUAUGUUCUUGGGGUCAUAGGCAGCAUCCUCCUCUCCAAACACGGCGAGUUGAGUUGAUGCCAAAGAGCUCGAUUUUGGUCUCAUCUGACCACAACACUUUCACCCAGUUCUCCUCUGAAUCAUUCAAAUGUUCAUUGGCAAACUUCAGACGGGCCUGUAUAUGUGCUUUCUUGAGCAGGGGGACCUUGCGAGCACUGCAGAAUUUCAGUCCUUCGCGGCGUAAUGUGUUACCAAUUCUUUUCUUGGUGACUAUGGUCUCAGCUGCCUUGAGAUCAUUGACAAUAUCCUCCCGUGUAGUUCUGGCUGAUUCCCACCUUUCUCAUGAUCAUUGUAACACCACGAGGUGAGAUCUUGCAUGGAGCCCCAGGCCGAGGGAAAUGUACAGUUUUUUGUGUUUCUUCCAUUUGCUAAUAUCGCACCAACUGUUGUCACCUCUCACCAAGUGCUUGGCGAUGGUCUUGUAGCCCAUUCCAGCCUAGGUCUACAAUCUUGUCCCUGACAUCCUUGGAGAGCUCUUUGGUCUUGGCCAUGGUGGAGAGUUUGGAAUCUGAUUGAUUGAUUGCUUCUGUGGACAGAUGUCUUUUAUACAGGUAACAAACUGAGAUUAUGAGCACUCCCUUUAAGAGUGUGCUCCUAAUCUCAGCCUGUUACCUGUAUAAAAGACACCUGGAAGCCAGAAAUCUUUCUGAUUGAGAGGGGGGUCAAAUACUUUUUCCCUCAUUAAAAUGGCAAAUCAAUUUAUACAAUUUUGACAUGCAUUCUUUUUGAUUUUUUUCUUGUUAUUCUGUCUCUUACUGUUCAAAAAAACUACCAUUAAAAUUAUAGACUGAUCAUUUCUUUGGUCAGUGGGCAAACGUACAAAAAUCAGCAGGGGGAUCAAAUACUUUUUUCUUAAAAGCCUUCAGAGAGACAGUUGAGUUAUCGAACAGGUUGGUUGUGACAUAAAAUAGAGCCCUUUGAAAUGAAAUGAAACAGCAAAGUAAUUACAUUCAAACCAAUGGGACAGUCUUUUCCGGCGCCAUGUAUCAACACCGGGUGCAAGGCUUUCAUUAAUGAGUCAGCCACAGGGAAAUAAUAUUUCCCUUGACCACCAGUUAAAUUACAGUGUGGGGGACGGGGAUUGUGUGGGAUGGAGGGUUGGCGCACUUUUGAUAAUCGGUUAAAGGUAGAUUUUUCACCUGAAUGGGAGAUUUCACCUGAAAUGUGCCAGGGUGCAUGGCAGCUCAUGCUUAGAAAACCCACUGACGAGAUGGUCAGUUCAGAUGGUUGUACCAUGAAUGAGUCAUUUCUAGGAAACUGAUUGAAGUGUUGCAAAACCCGUUAUUCGAUCAUUCCAAGGGUUUUAAGUGGCUCUAUCAGUAAGUGCCAAGUUCACAAAAUCAGUUUUUUCUGAUCUUUUAAAAGUUAAGUUUGAAAAGAAUGUGCGAUCGUAAAAAUCAUAUUUUCAUUAUUGCUUUGGACUAGAGUUGGGCUCUUGCCUUAAUUUGGGAGUAUCUCUUCUGCCUUUCUUUGGCCUGAUCAAUCAUGUCAAAGCCUGUUCAGUUGGCCUCCUGGGGUAAAAACUAGCAUAAAAAAACAAAAAAAUCUCAUUAUGCAGAUAUCUGUGUAAUUAAUGAUACAAACCUUGUACCCACUAGAAGUAAAAUGUGAUCAAGAAACAAUCCCCUUAACGGACUUCCUUAAGUGUAAGAGAGGCAUUCCAAUGAUAGCAAGGCCAUCUCAUCCAAACCAAUGUAGUGGCUAAGAGAAGCAAAUGUCCUUAGUGGUAUAUACUUGCCAAACACAGAGAGACUGAUUUUCGUUAUGACUAAUUCAAGGUCUCUCUCCACACAACAUCAACACUGGGCCAACUCACCACACCUACGGCUGCAUCAUAACUCCCUUGCAUUCUGCCCGCUGUUGUCCAUUGUGGAGCCCCUGCAAAAUAAUCAGAUGGAGUUUUAAGAAUAUGAAAUUGUUUGAAUUUCAACACCAUGGCACUCUCGACCUUCUAACCCUAAUUCAAUUGGAACUAAGUAACUCAAAGUAAGUAACUCAACAAACUUCAACUGACUUAACUAAAACUAAGGAACUCAACUGACUAACUCCAAAGACUAACUCAACUAUUAUAACGUAACUCAACUAACUCGACUGACUAACUAACGGGCAACUCCCUCACUCAAUACUAGAGUAACGCAAACGAACUCAAUGAAUAACUCACCUGACUUUCAUUUAGUCUGUUCCACCCCACUGACUCUCCCUAAUCCUGUCUCUCCUCUGUCUUAGGGUACGGCCAUGCAGCCCAGCACGGAUGGAGGGAAGGUGUCUGGCAUGCUCUACGCCCGCUGGGGUAUUUCCCAUCUCCCCCUGGUCAUGUUCCAGAGCUGGGGCGGGAGCGCAUCAACACCCUGGUGCGCUACCUGCUGACACCGCGCUGA